GACUCACAUUGGUUAUUUAUGGUUUAGCAAAUUUGACAAAGUCUUCAUCUCCUUUUUCCAAACUCAAAGAUGCAUUUGAAGAAAAUCUAAGCAAAAUAAACCAUGUUGAUAUGAAAAGAUUCUUUGAAUCUUGAAUAUCAACUUGGUGUAUAUCAAAAACAUCCAAAACAUUUUAUUUUUUGGGGGGGUUUAUUGAAUUUGUACAAGGUUGUUCUAGCAUAUUGGAUUAUAGGGAAACAUUUGCAUGUUGUAGAGAGAUUAUGGAUUUGGCAAGGUUAAGUUUUUGUAAUUGUUUGAUUUGAUUAGAUCAAAUUUUGUUAUAAGGUGAAAAAUGAGUUGUUUUCAUUGUUGUGCACCUUCACAAGAAAGAAUCAACAAGAAGUCAUUGAAGAAAAGUAUUAAGGAAUACCAUAAUGCAAAAACAUUAACCUCAUUUGCCAAUAUAACUGAUAGUGGAAAGAGAAGGUUCAUAGCAGAAGAGAUAGCAAAGCUUGGAAAAGGAAAUCCUACCUCUAAGAUUUUUUCGUAUCGCGAACUAUGUGCUACAACUCAGAAUUUUCACUAUACCAAUAUGAUUGGAGAAGGAGGCUUCGGAAGGGUAUACAAAGGAACAAUUAAAAACACAGAUCAAGUUGUUGCUGUGAAGCAACUUGACAGAAAUGGAUUUCAAGGGAAUAGAGAAUUUCUUGUAGAGGUUUUGAUUUUGAGUCUUUUGCAUCAUCCUAACCUUGUCAAUUUAGUAGGGUAUUGUGCUGAAGGUGAUCAAAGGGUUUUGGUAUAUGAAUAUAUGCCAAAUGGUUCCUUAGAAGAUCACUUGCUUGAUUUAGCUCCUGGUAUAAAGCCUUUGGACUGGAAGACAAGAAUGAAAAUUGCAGCAGGAGCAGCAAAAGGGCUUGAAUAUUUACACGAACAAGCAAACCCUCCGGUGAUAUAUCGCGAUUUCAAAGCAUCAAAUAUACUAUUAGAUGAAAACUACAAUCCAAAGCUUUCUGACUUUGGACUUGCAAAGCUCGGUCCGACCGGUGAUAAAACACAUGUAUCGACAAGAGUGAUGGGAACUUAUGGCUAUUGUGCUCCAGAGUAUGCAUCAACAGGGCAAUUAACUACAAAAUCAGAUGUGUAUAGUUUCGGAGUCGUGUUUUUGGAGAUUAUCACAGGAAGAAGAGUCAUUGACAAUUCAAGACCAUCAGAAGAGCAAAAUUUAGUCAUUUGGGCACAACCUCUUCUAAAAGACAGAAAGAAAUUCACACAAAUGGCAGAUCCAUUGCUAGAAAAUAAAUACCCUAUAAAGAGUCUAUACCAAGCUCUAGCUGUUGCAGCAAUGUGUCUCCAAGAAGAAGCCGAUACUCGGCCUUUAAUCAGUGAUGUAGUUACAGCUCUUGAAUUUUUAGCAAAGAAGAAAGAUGAUGAUGGAGAAAAGGUUUCAAAAGAUCAGUCUUUUUCUUCCCAAAGUGAAAGUGAUAAUGGAAACAAUGAAUCUAAUGAAGUAAAGAAUGAUGAUGACAACGACGAUGACGAAGAAGAAGAGGAUGAGGAUGGUGAUGACGACGACGAUGAUGACGAUGAUGAUGAAGACGAUGAUGGCGAUAGUCAUAAUAAUAAAGUUAAAAUUACAAGAAGACACAGUCAAUGACAUUUGUUCUGGACCGGACUCAAUACAAACCGAAAGGUGUAGCGAAAUAAUUUGCAAACUCAUAGUUUGAGCACCUAAAUGGUUCACAAGGAAAAUGAAACUAUACUUCAUGCAUUCAUAGCUAAUUCAAGUUUGAAUACUUGUCAAUCCUAAUAUUAUGUCAUUCAAUUUUAUAAGUUAGUUUAUGCAUGGCUUGUAUUAGGAUAUCAAGCAUGGCAACAAUUAGCUUAUAUCUUAAUCCUUGUAUUAAUUCAUUAUUUCUUGCAUCAUGUUUCUGCAAGUCAAAAGAUCAUACCUGAAUUCAAUACAUUUUUCAAUAUGGUAAUAGAGUCUUCAUUAUUAUGACACUGAUAACCUAUUUACAUGUACUUUAAGAAAAUAGUGUUGUCUUACAUACACAAA